UAAUGUGUCCAUUCCUUGGAAAUGGAAUUUAGUCUAACUACGGCCCUGCCCCUUUCCGGCUUUCCAGGACGGGAGCAUCGUACCCGUCCGUGCCGCUUCGUCCCGGUAGGCACGUAGGCAGUUACUCGUCAGUCACCGAUCCGAGAUAUUUCACGUUCGGUUUACGAUAGCUCCAUUUCCAUAGGUUGUCUAUGGCCAUUCCGACCGACGUGGAUGUAAUCAAGGUUGGUCGAAAUGUUUCCGCAGAUGGAGAAAGCACUGGACGACGUGAAACUUAUACGGUGCGUUAAAAACAGACCUGCACUCUACGACCCAUCACACGUCAAGUACAUGGACUUGUACUAUAAAAAUGGUCUGUGGAACGAAAUCUCAGAGGAACUGAAGGUUGACAGUAUCGCGUGCAAAACGAGAUGGGGAAACAUACGGGACAACUUCAGGAAAUCCCUCAAAAAAACACUGUCAAAAAGAACCAUGGGCGGUAAAUUAGUGAAGCAUUACAAAUACUCCGAUCAGUUACAAUUUCUGAGGAAAAUGUUCGACGGUGAUGAACUCGGAGACGGUCUUGGGGAAAGGCAUAUCCUACCGGGUGUGGAGGUGAAAAUAGAAGAUGACAGUUUAACGCGGGUGGAUUUCCAAGAGCCGUUUUCGGAUGAUGAGUCCCAAUGUUCUUCUCCUGUACAGACGGCGCAGAAGAGGAAGACAACCAACCUUGACUACUGUGAUCAAACGCAUUCGUCAGCCAACUCGUCUCCGCAACAUUUCAACCUGCUAAAAUUCGACCAAAGGCCGGGACAGAGUGAGAGCCAAAGCGCGAACUUUUCGCCCCAUCCUGUUGACGCUUUCCUAGCCGGCUUAGUGCCAACACUGAAGACCUUUUCCCCGCUUAAUUGGCACCUUGCGAAAUCGGAAAUAUUCGCAGUGGUGCAGAAAUAUGAACUGAAGACUAUUAUGGGCGAAGGAAAUGAGCAAUCAUCCCUAACUUGAUAAUUUUUUUGAAUAUUCGUUUCAGAAACCUUUCAGCAAGGAAUGAAAAUAUGUAUAUAAUGAAGCAGAAAGAACAUUUGUUUGAAAAAUAAAAUA